UUUCAAUAUCCAAAACAUAAUAAUCCCCAAGAUCAACCAUCUCCAAUCCAUUAUCUGCAAUUUCUUGCCUUAUCUUCUCUAUGGAAACACCAAACCCUCAAGAACCAACAUGGCCUGAAAUCCUGGGUAGCAACAACUGGGAAAGCCUCCUUGACCCUCUUGACCUCACAGUCCGGAAACUUGUUCUCCGCUGCGGCGACUUCUGCCAGGCCACCUAUGAUUCCUUCAACAACGACCAGAACUCCAAGUACUGCGGUACCAGCCGCUACGGCAAGAACAACUUCUUCCAAAAGGUGAUGCUGGAAGACGCUGAAAACUAUCGAGUCUCUUCUUUCCUCUAUGGGACGGCUCGGGUCAGCCUCCCAGAAGCCUUCCUUCUCCACUCGAUGUCCCGGGAGUCCUGGGACCGCGAAUCUAACUGGAUCGGCUACAUCUCUGUUACCUCUGACGAGUAUACCAAAGUUCUUGGACGACGUGAAAUCUAUAUAGUGUUUCGGGGAACCACCAGAAACUAUGAGUGGGUUGACAUUUUAGGUGCGAAGCUCCACUCCGCUCUACCAUUGUUACGGGGCAGUAGCCAGAGAAUUGAAGAGAAUAAUAGUAGCAGCGACAGUGACAACGAUGAUGAUGAGAAAGUCCCUAAGGUAAUGCUAGGUUGGCUUACGAUUUAUAUUUCUGAUGACCCAAAAUCGCCUUUCACAAAAUUAAGUGCCAGGCAGCAACUUUUGACCAAGAUUAAUCAGUUGAGGGAGCAAUAUCGAGAUGAUAAUCUAAGCAUAAUCUUAACAGGGCAUAGCCUUGGUGCUAGUUUAUCAAUUUUAGCUGCUUUUGAUCUAGUGGAAAAUGGUAUUACCGAUAUCCCACUAGCUGCUUUUGUCUUUGGCAGCCCACAAGUUGGAAACAAAGCCUUCAAUUCCAGGUUCAACAAGUAUCCCAAUCUUAAAGUUUUGCAUAUAAAGAACAAGAUUGAUGUCAUUCCACACUAUCCAGGAAGACUUUUGGGCUAUAGAUAUACAGGAACUGAGCUCGAAAUCGAUACUAGGAAAUCCCCGAACCUAAAGGACUCGAAGAAUCCUAGUGACUGGCAUAAUUUGCAGGCGAUGUUGCAUAUAGUGGCAGGGUGGAACGGUGAGAAAGGAGAGUUCAAGCUGAGAGUGAAGAGAAGCUUGGCUUUGGUGAACAAGUCAUGUGAGUUCUUGAAAAAUGAGUGCAUGGUGCCAGGAUCAUGGUGGAUAGAGAAGAACAAAGGGAUGGUCAGAGGAGAAGACGGAGAAUGGACGAUGGCUUCUCCGGACGAGGAGGACCAGCCUGUACCUGAAAUUUGAUUUUUAGAGAUGGCAUUUUGAGUGGUUGGCGCUGUCUUUUUUAUUUCCUUUCUUUUUCAAUCUUUUUGGUGUAACUGUGUCAUUCUGCCUUUUUUGGGAGCUUUCGUGCUCAUCUGUGAUUUGUCAAUGUGCCCCUAUUUGGUUUUAAUAAAAUAAAAAAGGUAAAUUAUUAAA